AGUCGUGUAAUCCUAUCAGACGGUGCACGUCCUCCGAGGAAGAAUGUUGUGUUUGGUGUUGUGCGUUGUAUUUCUGUUUCAUCCAUUACUAACGGAUUCUUCAGGAAUUAAACCCCAUGCCUUUGUCAAAAGUGAGGUUGGCUCUUUUCUGAAGCAUGUGCCAUGGAAACACACCGAUAUGUCCGCUUCUAUCAGUGGUCCCAUGAUUUUGACUUUACAGUCCAAGUAUAAGUUAGGCGGUGGUCUCGUUUUCAGAAAGAAAUUUCCCGAAAAGUACAAAGACUGCUCAGAAAUUUUGAAAAUGAAGCCACACAGGAAAAACAGAGACGGUGUAUAUACUAUUUAUCCCACUGAAGGAAUGAAGAAAAAGGCGUUUUGUGAUAUGACAACAGAAGGAGGGGGAUGGACGGUGAUACAAAGAAGAAUGGAUGGAACCACUAACUUUCAAAACAAAAAAUGGAAAGAUUUUGCGGAAGGAUUUGGUCGUCCGGAUCACGAAUACUGGCUUGGUAACAAUGCCAUACAUGCUAUUACAAAACGUGGGAAAAUGAAACUAAGAAUAGACAUGAAGAGGUUCAACGGGGAACGAGGAAUUGCACAAUACUCGACGUUUGUUGUUGGAAGUAAAUCACAUAAGUACAAGCUGAAAGUAUCGGGAUUCCGUGGAUCUUUCGGAAUGAGGGAUUCCCUUGCUUAUCAUGAUGGGAUGAAAUUCACCACAAUAGACAGUGAUAACGACUGAUGGGGCGGUAACUGUGCCUCAUCGUAUGGAAAUGGAUGGUGGUUUAAAUCAUGUCAUUUUAGUAAUCUUAAUGGUCUAUACUAUAAAAAACCAUCAUCCAGUAGCAAAGGAAUUGUCUGGUAUCUCUGGGGUCACAAGAGCACCUAUGGUUCUUUGAAAUCGUCAAAAAUGAUGAUCAAACCAAAGACCUAAAUGUGAUUGAACAUGUUCAGUGCUGAUCAAUAAAUUCUUAGAAAUUAAA